GCCACGUCUCUGCAGUUUGCGGUGAUUCUCCAGAGAGUUAACAUCCCGUGCGCCAGUUGAUGGAUCUCUGUGCCUCUCAAUUGCCCCCAGAGUGUGGUUGAAAUUUUCGUGAUUCGUGACCCGGAAAAAUUCAUCAGUUUCACCGUGAUUUGAACGACAAACCACCAUUAUAUUUUUGGCGGUAAAAGGGGAAUUUCUGGGCGCUUCACACAGCAAAAGCGCGCAAAAAUCAUUGCGGUGAAACCAAAUAAAAGUGAAGCAAAAGAAGUGAAGAAAAAAAUUCAACUCAAGUGCAUUUCAGUGAUUUGGAGUGAAGGAUUAUACAAUGAGGAAUUUAGCGUGAAAAUAAAAAGCAAAACCCAGAAGAGAGAAAAAAAAGAAUGCAAUAAUUCCCACAGAGGCCCCCGUACGUGUUGAAAGAACAAAAGAGAAAAAAAAGAGUUAAAACGCGUGUUCUUCUCUUUAAAGAAUAUACAAAAUAUAUUACAUAUUAUACAUAUGUACUAUCCAAUUGCAUCUCUGGUUUGAAUAUCGCCAAGUGAUUGCAUUUCUGCAACGUGAUCUUCAUUGAAGUGCUCAUCAAUCUCACUCAAGUAAACCCUGCGUCGAGACUUCUCAUGAAUUGCACACACAACCACACACAGAAAAUAAGGCCAGAAGGGUAUUUUUUGAUUCAUUGAUCGUUUUUUUUAACGUUUCAACGGAUUCCAAAACUCAUUCAUCAGCGCAAUGUCCGGAAAAGCCCCCCUGGAGUCUUCCCUUACGACAAAUAACGUCUCAACACCACCGCCACAGAAGAGAAAAUUCAGUUUUCCCGUCACGAUGCACUCCUCAAACCUCCUGGCUGUUGAUCCUGCAGCCGGAGCUGCUUCCUCAGCACGUCGACGCCUCAGCAAUGUAAGCGACGUCGUUACGCGGAAGUUAUCGAAUACAAUUGGCUGGAAAGCACCUGCAAUCCCUGCCCACGAUAUCAUUUCUCAGGGAAGAUGCCUCUGCUAUCAGUACGUUAGGAGUCGUUUGAAGCGUGCUGGGAUGUUCACACGAAAGCUUGGCCUACAGCGGGUUAGAAGCAUUCUGGGAACGUCAUCAAUUGACGUGAUUAGAGAAGUUUUUCCUGCCCUGAGUUAUGUUGGCGAGGAAUUGGAGCGCAUGCACCCAAGAGUAUACACCGGGGUUGCCAGGCAGAUCUCCCGGAAUCCAGGUGGUGACCUACCCUCCGAAGAGACUGUCCCGUGUCUCAUGAGUGCCGUUGCGCGUGAUCUCUUCCGCGCUGACAUUACGUGGGGCAAAGUGAUCUCACUUUUCGCCAUAGCAGGUGGUUUGGCUGUGGACUGUGUGCGUCAGGGACAUUCGGACUACCUGCCGCGGCUCGUCGAGGGUGUAACUGAAGUCAUUGAGGAUGAAUUAGUGCCAUGGAUAAAUGACAAUGGCGGAUGGAUGGGACUCAGCUAUCACGUAAAUCCUUCUGGAACCACCGAAGUUGGCAUCUUGGAAUGGAUUGCAAUUGGUUUGGGGUGCAUCCUUGGAAUUUGUGUCUUCAUCUUCAUUAUUAAAUUCCUCUUGCAUUUUCUCUACCCGGAAUCUCAAUGACUGUGUGUAGAUUCCAAUGGUGAAUCUGAUAAUAAAAAAGACUUUUGAGAGCUUUA